AAGCGCGUAAUCAAACUUUAAUAUAACAAUCUUAAAUGCGAUCUUAAAUGGUGGAACAAAAAUGUUCUCAUCUUUGAUAGGAAUGAAUAUGAAAAUAUCACAUAUUUAUUUCCUAAGUAUCAUACACACACAUACACAACUUUGACUUACAUACGAAUAAAUGCGAGACAUUACUAAACUAGGAACGUCUCGAGCAUUCUGCCGCCGGGUAUACAUUUCAUAACUUAUUAGUUUGCUAUUUUAUUAAUCACCAUUUCGUGACGACACACGCGUUAAUCUUCGCGCAUAACAAGCAAACACGACUCGGUUCGGGUUCUCCUCUCGUCAACUUGUUUCGCGUGUGCUAUUAAGCUAUUAUACUUCGGCCGUGACGCGCGAUAUUGCGCCUCCGCUCGGAUAACGAGCAACGGAGUGGAGCCCAAAUUACGAACUGCCGCUAUUACAAAUUAUUAUUGAUUGUAUUAUAUGUGUUGCGCCAUUCGCGUUUAAAGCGAUGAGCGUACCCGCUGCGCUUACGCGACUCGUAAAAUCGUUUCGCUUGUUCGCGAAGGUGGAAUUAUUAUAAGAACCUGGACGAAAGUACCCCAUCGUGUACAUUUUAUUAAGAUUAUUAAAUUUUCCCUGAACCAAAGUGUAAUCUAAGACCCUAUUAAAUAUUUUUAACGAUCGUGUCAGCUAUUUGUUAAAUAAAACGUACAUAUUUAGCUAUAAAGUCGAUCUGCUUUCUUCUUCAAGUAUUACUCAAUUUUGAACCGGGACGAAUAUUGACGACGUUAGCGGGGAUAUGUUUAUAUCUUGUGUUGAUUUAGUUAUCGAGUUCCUGGUGUAUGGGUGUGCUCCACGAGUGAAGCUGCGCGUGCGGCGAAUAACGAGCGGGCAAUUUUCGAUCGCACGUUACCCGCCUACUGAUGGUCCCCAAUAGACUCGCGUUUUGGAGAAAGGAAGUCUCGGCGAGGAGUGACGCUGAAGAUUUUCGAAACCUCGCUUGCGGGAGUUCGGUUCCUGAAAUGAGCGGCUCAUAGCGCACCCAGCUUGCGUUGCACCGUCCUCGUAAAUCAAUGACUUGUACUAAUUUCAUCGACUCGUUAUUUAACACGUGAUAUUCAUCGCACGUGCCUUAUCAUGCGUGCGAGACACUUUUACUCAAACUAUUACUCAAGAAUACCCAAGAAAGGAUACGAGACUUUCUAUCCUCGCGAUGCGCAAGGAGGAUUACAGGACUUUUACGGCCACAGCCAUUCACUGUGAGUCGUCACACAAAUCACAGCGAUUUACCGCACUUUUCUGCUGUCCGUGCUUUAUUAAAAUUGCAGCUCACUCGUCGGAGUUUCUCGCUCGAGUAUCUUGCGUCUCUUCGAUCUUGCGACGUCCCCGUUCCGAGGAGCGAGCCGAUCGAUCCCACGAAGUGGAACGUUUUAUUUCUCAUCUGUCCGAAUCGUGAAGCCACUUGGCGCACGUGUUUCGCGCGUCGACAGUCUCAGCUGAUGCUGUAUCACUCUCGAUGAUCGCUCUGCUCCAUCAGAGCCAGAUGACAGCAAGGCCGAUCAUAGCGUGCUGGCCGGCGCGCGUAAGAUUUCUCGCUGAGAAGAGGACGCCAAGCUCCUCGCGAGAGAACGUUCGCCCGCGCGAAUGGCGAAAAAAGGGCCGCCUCUUCUCUCAUUAACGGCCUGACCAGGGUCAACCGCGGGCACAGGGCAUCGCCAAUCCUUCCAGUGGUCCUUCGAUUCCCCACCGCGUGCGAUUCCUCGCGCGGUAUCCGUUCGUCCAUCCGUGUCCUCUUCGUCCCUUACGUCGCACACCCACCUCCGCAGUUCCCCCCGGGGUCUCACCUGGCCGGUAGCAUCCUCCUGCACUCCCGGCGAGGACUUUCUCCGAAAGACGAGCGACUAUAUAAGCGAGAUGCACACUGUUUGAAGCACGUUAGACGAAAUCGCACGGGUGCGUCGAGAACAGGCCGCGUCGCCGUCGCGUCUCGAGCGUAUCUGUUUCCUUUCGUUUCAAUUUCCGUGUCAUCAUCACGCUUACUGCACUACGCGACGGUACCUGAGAGCGAGAAAGAAAGGAGAAGCCCGCGAGGAACGCAAAGGGCUAAAUUCGUGCGUGUGCGACCCGGCACCGAGGGACUCUAUCCACGAGGGUUCGACCGCUGGCCCAACCAUGAGGCCCGCGAGAAAUUGGGUCCCCCUGGCGACCGCGCUGGCCGCGACGGCUCUACUCUUGAGGCCCAUUCACGCUGAAGCGCCAGUUUCGGGCAGCUACCUGCCUCCGUCGACCAGUUACGGCACGCCUAACUUAGGUGGCGGCGGUGGCGGCGGUUAUUCCGGCGGUGGCGGUGGCAGUGGCGGUGGCGGCUAUUCCGGCGGAGGCGGUGGCGGUUAUUCCGGCGGAGGCGGAGGCGGUUACUCUGGUGGCGGCGGAGGCGGAAUAUCGUCGAGCUAUGGUGCGCCACCGUCUUCCAGCUACGGAGCACCACCCUCUUCGACCUACGGAGCACCGUCCGGCGGUGGCGGUGGCGGAGGUUUCGGCGGCGGCGGCGGAGGUUUCGGUGGCGGUGGAGUAUCGACGAGCUAUGGUGCGCCACCGUCCUCCAGCUACGGAGCCCCAUCUCGUCCUUCUGGUAGCUACGGGGCACCCUCACGUCCGUCUUCCUCUUAUGGAGCACCUUCCAGCGGAGGCGGUGGCGGGUUUGGUGGCAGCGGUGGCUUUGGCGGCGGCGGUUUCGGCGGCGGUAAACCAUCCACAAGCUAUGGUGCACCUUCGAGCAGACCCUCGUCAACGUAUGGUGCACCAUCCGGUGGAGGCGGUUUUGGUGGUGGCGGUAGUUUUGGCGGCGGCGGUUUCGGCGGCGGAGCACCAUCGUCAAGCUACGGAGCGCCUUCUUCGAGCUAUAGUGCACCCUCUUCGAGCUACGGGGCACCGCGUGGCGGUGGCGGAGGUGGAGGUGGAGGCAGACCGUCGAGCAGCUAUGGAGCACCUAGCGGCGGCGGCGGUGGCGGUUAUUCGGGUGGUGGUGGUGGUAGUUUCGGCGGAGGUGGAUACUCCGGCGGAUCAGUGUCCUCCACGUAUGGUGCACCAUCGGGAGGUGGCGGCGGUGGAUACUCAGGUGGUGGCGGUGGAUAUUCCGGCGGUGGUGGCGGUGGAUAUUCCGGCGGCGGUGGCGGUGGAUAUUCCGGCGGCGGCGGCGGAUAUUCCGGUGGCGGCGGCGGAUAUUCCGGCGGCGGCGGCGGAUACUCCGGUGGCGGCGGCGGCGGUUACUCCGGAGGUGGCGGCGGCGGAGGUGGACAGAGCUACGCCAGCAAUGGAGGAUACCAAUACUAAUCCAGAUACGUGUUCACACGUGGCGAAACAAUCUCCGUGCUCAGUCACGUCGGCUUCCCAUCAGGUUUCCCAAAUCGGAUGGCAUAAACCAGAUCUGUUACAACAAGAUUCAUCAAUGCUAUCGAUCGACUCUGCAUACCAUGCGUUAUCACGAAGCGGGCUUCUGUGGUUCUUGAUAGGCUCAGUUCUGAUC